AUGAGCCUGCCAACCAGCGCUAUCAUGCCAGUAUCCAUCUAUACCUGCCUAUGCGCUGCGUACUGCAUCUUCGCUCCCUUCUUCAGCACAACACGCAAGAGAGCAUACAUUUUGUCAGUGAUAUCCUCGAGCAUAAUGAGCUCCGUCUCAUUGCCCUAUGUCUACCUCUAUCUCCGAUAUGGUCUUCAUGGAGCAUACAAAAUGUCACAGAAUGGCUGGCUGGAGGAGCUCGGUAGAUUUGCAACUGCAUUCUUUGGCACUUAUCUCUUCGCGGAUUUAACACUCGGCUACCUAAUGUACAAGUCUGAGAUUGGUUUAUUGACUGGAUGGGUUCAUCAUACAGUGUAUAUCGGCCUUAUGAUAUACCUGAACAUGGUCUCAGAGUCUCCCGUAUUUCUCAUCGCGGGAAUAAUGGAGGUACCUACACUAGAUCUCGGCCUCUCAAAUCUGUUUCCCCAGGUUCGGAACGACGUGAGGUUCCUGUCAUCUUUCUUCAUCAUCCGGAUAGUGUUCAAUCUUUACUUUGCCCUGGACUGCGCUCGGCCAUCAUCCCGAGUAAUCUUCGACAAUGCCUGGAUGCCGACCGUCAUGCUGUCUCUUGCUCUUUGCCUACAUGUCAUGUGGUUCAAGGGAGGAAUUGUCGGUUACUUGAAACGACAAUCAAAAACCAGCAAAUCGGGAUCGACUUCAGCCGUGUCGGAAAUCAUGGAGAAUCCUGGCCUUUCGAUCCCGGCUACAGACUCGUGUCCCGAGUCACCAGAAGAUUCACCACUCAUCACUCCGCAUACUAUUCCUCUUACUCCGAGUGCCAGUGCUACAAGCCAAAAGGACAACUCGUUCUUCCCCAACCUAUCUUCACUACCGAAUCUCGCCAACAUCCCACAUCUUGGGCAAUUGCCCACAGUGUCCAUUCCCAACUUGCCGACGCUGGCUGAGCUCACUACAGCGCUCAACAACCACCGCGAGCAUAUGAAUUUUGGCUUCAAGGAUGCAGUCAAGAGUAGAAUAGGCGAGCAGAGGGAACGAUUCGCAGGUUUGACUGCCAAUCGCGGUAUCAACCUCAAUCUGGGAGGAGCCCUGGGAAAUAUGGGCCUGCGAGGCCGACCAGGGUCCAAGGGCAUAUCACAGAGGGAAUAUGAGGCUGGUCAGGGGAUUGAAGUGGUUGGGGUCGACGAUCUUCUGGGUCAUUGA